CGAUCACAUUUUGUGAGAUUUUUUGUCACCGCCAAGUUUUUGCAGCCAUGCCGGACACUUGUGAGAUUUGCAAUAGCUCUGUUCUGACACGCCACAACCCAAGUGUGGCCUGUACAGGGUGCUCAAAAAUAUUCCACAUCAAGUGCUUGAACAUCCCUAAUUUCCCGGAUAAACCCAUACCUGGAUUAUUGUGGAACUGUUCAGACUGUGCCAUGACUGCAACAUCGGGUGGAAGCAAACAACUGGAUAUCAUUUUGUCGAAGUUAACUUCCGUUCAGAAUGACAUGACAGUUUUGAAAACCCAACAAAGAGAAGUAACUGAUUCCCUUCAGUUUUAUGGAAAUAAGAUUGAUGAUUUCAAUGAAAAGCUCCUGAAGUUCGAGCAACGACUUAGCGUUAUUCCCCAAUUACAAUCCAAAGUGAGCGAUAUUCAAACUGACUUCGAUCUAAUGAGGAAUGAAAUGGACCAUCUUCAGCAGCAACUCCGUAUGAACAACCUAGAAAUUCAAGGAGUCCCAGAAAAAAAUUCUGAGAAUGUUGAAGUUAUUGUCAAUGGUAUUCUGGAAGUAUUGGGUCUGCCUAAGGAUAAUUCGAUUGAGUCUUGUCAUAGAAUUCCCCAUAUGGAUAAGAAUGAUAAAAGACCACGUGGAAUAAUAGUCAAAGCUAGUUCGAAAAUGAUUAAAGACUCUAUCAUAACAGCCAUUCGUGCCAGAAAGGGCCUGGAUGGCCGCGAUAUUGGUCUUGGUUCCGGAUCCGAUAAGACGCCAAUAUUCAUUAAUGAUCACUUAACGCCAAAAAAUAAAGUGCUGUAUAAGAGAGUGAGAGAUAUUUGCCGUGUCAAAAAAUUCCAAUAUUGGACCAGAGAUUGUAAAAUAUACAUCAGGAACCCAAAUUCAGGAAAUGUAGUUAUGAGACAUUCGAUCGAUUUGGCCCUAAGCACCUACAUCUUAGGACCCAAACCAAAAUUCACUGGUCUUUCAAGACUGAUUGGACUACUAACGCGAAUCGUUAGUGCACUUAUCACGGAAGGACAAAACUGCAUCACCAUUUUGGACUGGAAUUGCCCUUUAUAUUGGACAGGAAACCUCCAUCUUCCGUUGGUUCUAGUUAAGGACCAGAUCCCUUCCCCAGGAUUCCAAACCAAGAAUUCGUCACUUGGGAUUUCACAGACACUCCAUGAAGUUACUGAUAAUAAAAAUAGAAACAAACAGCCUACAUGUAUUUCAACAGCCUCCCUGAGGAUAUUUCCAGAGACAUUCAAUAGAUUUGGCCCUAAGCACCUACAUCUCAGGACCCAAAUCAAAAUUCACUGGUCUUUCAAGACUGAUUGGACUACUUACAGAUCUGGAACUGAAUCUUAG